AUGACGCCACCUCCGUUAUCUCGAGGAAAAGGAGGAUCAUCAGACGAUGAAUUCAUGAAUUCGCCGCCGAAAUCUCCCAAAAAAGACGCCUCUGGCGGCGGGAUGGGCUCCUCACCGACGCUACCCAAAAUCAGCGAAGACGCCGCCGUGAGCAGCGAGAAGAACUCGAGAGAGAUGUACGCUUCAGUCACGCCGCAAUUCGCGCUGAAUUCCCCGAUGGAAGCGUCGAUUGCGCCGACGGAGAAGAUUUUGAAAGCGGAAUUGAUGGAGGAGUUUUUAACGAACAAACAACAAGAUAACAACAGCGCGUCGACGACGGAAACAACGCUUCACGCGACAUCGACGCAAACGAAAGAAGAGCAACAGCAACAACAACAACAACAAAAUCAAGGUGCGGGAAUGCCCCAAACGACAUCAAAUGCGGGGCAAAAUUCCUCGGAUAACUCGGACGACGACACGUCUUAUCACGGGAGGCGCAAAAAUUUUCUCUUUAGUAAAGACGACGGGAAUGCGUUGACGAACGAACAGAGACAAAUCAGGAGACUGUUGCAGCUUGGGUACUUUUUACUCCACGCGGCGGUGAUUGCGACGUUGGUUUUAGCCGUCGUGUGGAACUCUCGAUUGUUUGGUUUUAUAUCGAUCACGUUGGGAGGUUCGACGGUUAUUAACUUUGUCGUGACUGGUUUGCAGGCGAUAUUUUUGGAACCUUCGACGCACGUCGUCGGCAAACGCCUGUAUUUCAUUCUAAACGGCGUGCAAAAAGAGUUCGUGAAUUUGCUUCACGGCGUGUUGUGUUUGUGUUGCUGGUCGUAUUACGUUCAAAUGGAAGAUAUGGUCAACAAGAGCGAUUUGAAAGAGUACUGGUAUUUGACGACGUACCGAAUUUUAGCCUCCUGGGUCGCUCGAUGUUGCAUGCAUUUAGUCUCCAGAGGAAUAUUCAAUUACAUGUUGGUUGAUUUGCAGAGGCGCGUGUAUUCUGACCAAAUGCUGACGAUCUUAAUCGAGGAGUUCGCGCUGAUGAAAUUGUUCAAAGCGAUCGUGCCGCAAAGAGAAAUUUACAACGUGGCGCAUAAAAAAUUGCUCUCGUCCACGAACAUUUCAAAUCUGAAGCGCGUCGGAUCGACCUCGAAUUUGUUGCAACAAUACGCCGGCUUCGGCCACGCGACGUUUCCAGUUGGUGAAGAUUACAUCAUUCAACAACACGGGAUCAUGUAUGGCGGGGUGAAGAAGAAAAUACGGACGUUUGAGCCCGUGAGGGAGAGAGGAGGGCAACUGCUCGGGGGCACGACGAUUACGGAAAAAGUCCAUCACCAAAUGACGUUGACGAGAGCCGCCAGGCUCGCCAGGUACAUCAAAAGAUACAACUUGCGCAUUCCUCGAAUGUUCGCGGACAGAGCCAAUCAAACGUUCAUCAAAGAUGAACCAUUAAUCAUCGACGAUAUCAUCUUGGACGAAUCUGUCGCGUCGACGUGCGGCACGAGAUUGGCCGUCACGUUGCGCAAAAUCCAAAAAGCGAAACGUUUACGAGUCAACUACGAGUUUUUGAAAUCUUUGGGCGUGAGUAAAGAAGUCGCGCAAAUCAUCAUGGACAUCUUCGACGUGGACAAGCACGGCUUCGCGGACAGAGACAUGAUCAUCGACCGCGUGAUUGAAAUUUACGAGAGCAGGAAAAACAUGCAAUUGACGUUGGGAGGUUCGCGAUCGGUUUUGGCCACGUUGGAACGGAUGAUGUUGACCGCGUUAUACAUCGUUCUCAUCUUCAUCGUCCUCGCGAUUUUUGAACAAAACGUUCUGGAAAUGUGGCUCACCCUUUCUUCCUUUAUCCUCGCGUUCGCGUUCAUGUUUGGCAACUCCAUAAGAGAGUGUUUCGAAGGCGUCAUCUUCAUCUUCAUCACCCACCCGUACGACGUCGGCGAUAACAUUCUCAUCAACGGGAACCGUUUCGUCAUAAAAAACAUCAACAUCUUACAAACGGAAGCAGAAAACUGGAACGGUGAAGUCACGUAUUACCACAACCAAACGAUGAUGCGCUCGACCGUGAUAAACAUGUCCCGAUCGAAAACGCGAACGGAAUCUUUCGAUUGGAUCGUCGACGUGGAAACGAACGACAAAGUCUUCGACGGCUUGAACAGUUCUUUACACAACUUCACCGCCUUAAACUCCGCCGACGUGGACGAGUGUUUCUUGAAAGUCGUCCCGUGUGGCGAUUACACCGGCAAAAUAAGAAUCACCGUCUUUCUGGAUUUGAAAUUCAACGGCUUACCCGUUUUGCGUUCGUUGGCGGUGAGAAACGCGGUGAACAACCACGUCCGGAAAUACUUCGUCGCGAAUAACGUCAAGUUGCACAGCUUGCCGUUAACCAUCGAUGGACACUUGAAUACGACUACUGCGAAUACUACUAGCACCGGCAAUAUUAGCGCGCCUUAA